UACUACAUGGAAGAGUUCGAUGGCCUGCUCAGGCGCUGGCUCCAGAUCCUCGCUGACAAGGGCAUCGAGGAACUCAUCCUCGUCAACCGCCCAAUGCCGCUCGGCUACCUUCUCCGCUCCACGUUCUUUCUCCCCUCCACGUUCUUAGGCAUGACCACCCUCACCUGUCUCUACCUCGGCCUCUGGAAGUUUCCCGACAUGGCCGGCGUCAAGCGCACCACCUUUUUCCCUAACCUCCGUGAGCUUGGGCUCUGCACCGUCCUCAUGGAGAGCAAGGAUUUGGACUUCAUCCUCGACAGGAGCCCCGUGCUUGAGAUGCUCUGUGUGGAAAGCAAUAUUUUCAAUCUUGGCCUUCGCCUUGUCAGCCAAAGCAUCCGGUGCGUGAAGAUCAUCCUGUCCUUCUUUGAGGAAAUCGCUGUGGUGGACGCCCCAUGCCUGGAGCGACUCAUCCUUUCAGGUGGUUGGACCAAAGACGGGGUCUGCACCAAGGUGAAGAUCAGCCAUGCCCCCAAGUUGCAAUCGUUGGGGUACUUGGAUUUAGAAAAUCAUGUCCUAGAGUUUGGCAACACUGUCAUCAAGGCUGGGACAAAGGCGAGCCCAAGCACCAUGGUACCAAGUGUGAGGAUCCUGGCUUUGGAUGUGCGUUGUGGAGUCCGCAGUUAUGCCAAGAUGAUCCCGGCUGUCCUCGGAUGCUUUCCGAAUGUUGAGACACUCCACAUCAUGUCUGGAGAAACUGGUCAACCCUCUGUCAAGCACAACCUUGAGUUCUUGAAUGAGUCUGGUACCAUAAAAUGCAUCCGCUCGUGCAUCAAACUGCUGGUUUUCCAUGAUUUCUGAGGGGAUCGAAGUGAGCUUGCUUUCCUCAAGUUUUUCUUUAAGAGUGCGUUGGUGCUGGAGGAGGCAUUGAUAGUGAUGGCAAAUGGAAGUUUCACUUUGAUGGAGGAUAUGCUUUCCAAAGUGAAGCCUCUGGGAUCCAUGAAACGGGCCAGUUCAGACUCCACAAUCACUAUUAACCCCCAAGGAGGUAGCAUUUGGAACUUUAAGAAAGCAUCCGACUUUUCUCUUUGCGACCCUUUCGCGAACGACUAAAGUCAAAGGUGCCUGUUUAUUUCAUGGUCACUAGCUCUGGAAAUUGUUAUGUUCUGUGGUCAUAGCAUGGACAUGCACUAUUUUCAGCUUUUCAAUGAUCCGCCUGACUCUUGUUUCUACAAACUUGAUUAGCUUAAGUGUUGAAGUUAGUGCUACCGUCUUCAACGAUGCAAAUGACUAUCAUUCUGCGCCUCUGCGGUAAUUGCAGAGCACCUAUUCUACUCAUGUUAAUUGUGAUUUCAUUAGCUAGGUUUGAGCUCCUGAGUAUGGCGUUACAUUGCACAAUUGCUGCCAUACGUAUGAGGCUUGACAAUUUACUCUAGGCAGAAGAUAUUGAUGCUCUCAGAGUGUGCCAUCUUUGGUUCUGAUUGAUUUGCAUAGGUGUGCCAAGUCAAUUAUUAUUGCAGCUAUUUAUGCCCUAUCUGGUUCUUCAGUUGUGUUAUUUGAAUCCUUAUUUGCAAGCUAAUUUGGUUACGUUUGCAACAUGUUAAGGUAAUGGUAACUUGAACAACAUGGGCAUGGCUAAGGCCAGGUGGCCAAACUAUUUUCAGAGCUAGUUUGGUAGUAGAGUUUCUUUUCUUCUGCAGUGAGAUCCUUAUGAAGAAUAACUUUCAGAGAAUAGUAUAGGGUGGUAAACAGAAGUGAGCAACUCGUGGUUCAUUGCUUGGUCCAUUUUAUCUAAUCAUUCUGCCAUUUCAGUAAAUUGGUAUGCAAAACUUGACAAUUUUCUCUGUAGCACUUUAUGCUCAGGCAUUAUCUGAAAAUGUUAGAAUCCAAUUGUUUUUGCUGUCAUAGUCCCUUAUGGUAUAUGAUAUCCUGGUUGUUUUACAAGCCACCAGAGUCAUUUUCUGCUAGUUAGUGCAAAACAGACGUUAUAAAUUGGUAAUGCAAAUGUUUUUCUUUUUUCUCAGAACUAUUGCUUAGGACAAAAUAUUAUGUUAGAGUGUCUGACAGAUUAAGUGUUGAUAUGUUUCCACAUUAGAUGUUGAUUCAACUACUAGAGGGAAAGUAGCAACUGUCCUCUCUGUCCAGGGGUCAUUGUACUAGUUAUGUUUUAAACAUCAGUAUUUGUAUGCUCUCCUAAGCUAUGUGAUUCUCUUGCGUAUUCAGUACCUAAGAGUUCUAUAUUCAUUAUUUUUUAUUUUUUCGGUAUUUUGCCAUCUUUUUAUGGUGUUUUGUCAUGCAGAAAUUCAUUUAUCUUUUUUCAUGAUGAUUUCUUUCUCGCGUCUGAUGUUUUUGCCUAGAAGAUGUUUACUCAAGUUUUGUGUCGACCAGUUAUGGAUGGAUCGCAAACAUCAUGAACCUUGAUACUCGCCCAUGCAUACCUUCUAAAACCUAGCAAGAUGUUGCUUUGUAGAAGAUGCUUGAUUUCUACCUUUCCCAUGUCAUUAUCCUUGGUCUUUCUUUCUCUGUUGUCCAGUCUUAAUUGCCAUAUCAUUCAUCAUUUCCUUGUUAUCAUUUAUAGUUCAGUUUGCCUUGUCCUUCACCAUUUCUCAGUUAUCAUCUACUCAACAACAUUGUCAUUCAUCAACAUUGUCAUUGGAUUAAAUUUCUUUCUCUGUAUAACAAUACUUCUUUGAACAAUAGUUCUUCAGUCCCUUGGUUAUCUGUCUUAAAUUCUUAAUUAAGCUCGAAGGCUGACUUGAUUAUAAGUUAUCUAGUUGUUUACAUAGUAUUUUCGAGAGCUACAGCGAGCAGUUUGUUUUCUAGGACCAUGUCAAGCAGUUCUCAGUCAUAUAAAUAGUAUUUUGAGAGCUACAUUUUGUUUUCUAGGACCAUGUCAAGAUCCACAAUCAUGCUUUGUUUCCUCAAGAAAACACUGUUUUUGAGCUUCCUUUACAUGCAAAGAGCAGCUUCGAGGGUAGCUGCAGUCAACUUAUCCGACUGGCAAUGCAUGUCUAUGCCAACAUGUAAUAACUAAACAUAACAUAGUGUAAGAAAAGUUCAGAUAGUAUAUCAACCACAACAAUUCUAAUCCAAAUGCAGAAUUACUAUCCUGAAAAUUUGAUGUGAAGUGGACAAUCCAUAAUUCGGAAUUUGCUUCCAAGAAAACCAAAGUGAUUUAAAUCAUCACCAUUAUACAAGGACACACACACA